GGAUCGACCCCCCAGGACUGGCGGGUGCCAAGGCGCUCCUACCUCCACCCCCCUCGCGUUCCGCGAAACGCCCGGCCACAGGAGGGUGUCGCGGGAAACGGAAAGUCUCUCCUGUCCACGCUGCUGUCCCCUUACCGUCCACGGACCCGAAUCUACCCCGAGACGUCGAUGCGACCUAUAUGGCCGUGGCGUCAUCGAAGCCGUGGGAGCAGUACAAGGCGCAGAGUCGUUUAUACACUCGUCGUGGAGCCAACUUCCGCUGUUGGGCGGAGCUCCAGGAACAACUCGAGGACUUCUGGGAAAAUCAUGCCCUCGCGCACUAG